UUUAUUUACUUUUGUCGUACCGCAAAACUUUCUCAACUGCACACCUUUUAUUCACAGUUUCUUUCUGUUCAGUGUAUCAACGUGAGCAAACAUGGUUGUGGGUGCAUUCCCGGCCGCCAAACUUGGCGUACUGGCCAUGAAACAGAUAUCUAAACCGAUUGCAAACUUGCUAAAAGAGCGUGCGAAAAACAGUCCCUUCUUUCGGAAGUACGUUUGUAUGCCUCCGGCUCAGUUUUACAAUUGGAUGGAGGUAAAGACGAAAAUGUGGGCCCUGAACUUGGGCAAGCCUACCACGGUGCCGGUACUGAACGAAGCAAUGGCCAUAGACCUGGGAGCGAAUUUGCUUGGCGAAAUUAUCAUCUUCACUAUCGGUGCCGGCUUACUAUUGCUGGAAUAUCAGAGGCAAGUGAGAAAGGAGGAAAAUAAAGAAGAAAUGGCCAUUCAGGAGAAGCUGGAAUUACAGGCUACCAUAAAUGAGCUAAUUUUCCAAGUUCAACGCCAGGACACACAAAUUCGAGAAAUGGCGCGGGUAGUUGCAGAUCUCGAGUCGAAAUCCUCCUGGAAACCGAAAAUUUUGGACGAACUACCAGGGUUCACGAAGAAAAGUAAAAGUGAACAACCUUUGUAUAUUCCUGCCAUACCGGAUGUCGGCUCCAAAGACGGACUCAAAAAUAGUGGUAAUAGUGGCGUCAUUACCAAAGCGCUAGACAUUAUCGAUAACGAAGUUUUUUAUAGGGACAGCUCUGCAAGCGAAUCAGACGACGAGUUCUCGAUAGCACGCAACCAAGGGAUAGUCACUCGUAGCUUAAAUUACCUAUUACAACUCAACUCCAUGCCAGCUAACACUAAUCCCAAACAAAAGUAGGAAAUUUGUUCAUUUUUAACGUAUUGCGGUUCGUUGAAACUUAUUUUCAAUGUGCAAUACUGCUGUAACAUGGUACGUUAAACUAUUCCACCUGUUGGUUGGUUGUAUUUAAGAAGAGUACAGUUCAACGUUGUGUCAUUGCAUUUUCACAUCGUUUUUUCUCAGACUCAAACGAUAACUCCUCUUACUUCUAAAAAAACUCAUCUUGAGCGAUAAUUUUUCAAUUAUGAUAACACAUUUCUAAUUCGCUCUUUAUUAUAGCAUUCGUUUGAAUCCCGUUUUUCUGCUGAUGAUGCAACAUAAAACGCAUUUUUACGUACCAAACAAUAGUUUGUUCUCUGACAGCUCUGUAGUGCAAACACCACUAAUGAGACACAUUAUAGUUAAAAACGAUAUAAUUUGUGUGAUUAAAUAACACGCGUUGCAAAGUGAAACAGUAAAAUAGUGGAAUAGUUUAAUGUGUCCUAGGCACAAAGAUAACAUGUGCUGUAUCGUUACAAAGUGAUAUGUUGCACUAUGUAUAUAUUUGUUGAAGAAUCUAGUACCAGGAUUGAAAGUGGAGAGAAGAGGUAAAGAUCAGAACGUGAACAAGCGAAAAAUAAUAAUAAAGACAGUGUAAAC